GCCGAGGUAUCUUUUUGUAUUUUUCUGCCGGGGAUGGGCCAGAUUGGGAAGGGCGGUACGAGGGUGGGACUUGGCGUUGGUGUUUUGGAACAUCAAAGAUGGACAGGGUUUUCGCGGAGGUCGCUCCUCAGAUAUCUCCACAACUACAGAUCGGGGAUCUUCCAAAAUCGAGAAGAUUGGUGCAUAUGGCUAGGUCUCUUCACCUUACAAUUUGUAUGGCAAUUUGGCCCGGGGUUGUGGUGUGGUAGGGGAGAAUGGGGGAUAAUCCCACGCAGGAGUUCUGAACGACGUCUGGUUCACGUUUGGCUGGAUAACUCCACCACCACACGGGGUAUGCGGUCGGCGAUGGGGUCAAAAUGCUCGUAUGAUCGAGGGCUUUUCGAUGGAUCUAUCGGCGGGUUCUUAUUCGAAAAAUCGAGCGAGUUCGUGGUGGAGCGGUUGA